CAUCUCUCACACAACAGACCUCAUCGCAGCCUCGCCCAGACAACGUUGUUGCAAAGAUGGGUCGAGUCAUUCGUAACCAGCGGAAAGGCCGUGGGAGCAUCUUCACUGCUCACACUCGCCUAAACAAAGCCCCUGCAAAGUUCAGAACUCUCGACUAUGGCGAGCGACACGGUUACUUGAGAGGUAUCGUGAAGGAAAUCAUCCACGAUCCGGGUCGCGGUGCGCCGCUUGCGCGUGUGGCCUUCCGAUCACCAUACACCCCGAAAACCCACACCGAGACGUUCAUCGCAAACGAGGGAAUGUACAGCGGCAUGUUCAUCUAUGUUGGAAAAAACGCAGCUCUCAGUAUUGGCAACGUUUUGCCUCUCGGCCAGGUUCCUGAGGGUACGGUGGUUUCGAACGUUGAGGAGAAGACUGGUGACCGUGGUGCUUUGGGCCGAACCUCUGGUAACUAUGUCACCGUUAUUGGACACAACCCGGACGAGGGCAAGACGCGAGUCAAGCUUCCCAGUGGUGCAAAGAAGGUUGUCCUCAGCUCAGCCCGAGGUAUGAUUGGUAUCGUUGCAGGAGGUGGACGAACAGAUAAGCCUAUGCUCAAGGCAUCUCGCGCAAAGCACAAGUUCGCUGUGAAGCGCAACUCCUGGCCCAAGACUCGUGGUGUUGCCAUGAACCCUGUCGACCAUCCUCACGGUGGUGGUAACCAUCAACAUAUUGGCAAGGCUUCAACCAUUUCCAGAUAUGCUGCCCAAGGUCAAAAGGCUGGUCUUAUUGCUGCCAGAAGAACUGGUCUGCUCCGUGGUACCCAGAAGACCAAGGAAUAGACGUGACGAUUGCAUGGGUGUGGAAGACGGCGUCAUUGUAAUAUGGCAACCUUUGGGCUCAUCGUCAAGUCAUGAGGAUGGUACCAAGCAUCUGGCAUCGGGAAAGCCAGUCAAAGCAGAUUUCAAUCAGAAAGAUGAGACUCAUGAGUGCCAAAGUUUUGGCUGGAAUGAUAUCAAAAAUUUCAUCGUGCCGCGAUAUUCCUUUGACACAUCUCCCACAGAAAAGAAAGACGUAGCAAGAAAUCAUCACCCCUUUGUCUGCCAAUGUCGAGUCUGAC